GUCCUUGAUGAAGGUGGACGACGCUCCACUCUGAGAAUCAGUGACCUGAGAGAGAGCGACUCAGCUGAGUAUCGCUUCACAUUCACAGCAGGAAGCUUUGAAUGGGGGAGGAGUUUACCUGCUACAACUCUGACUGUCACAGAUCCAGAUCUGCAGGUGCAGGUGAGAACAUAUUCAUAUUCUACCUGGGCUGAGCUGACGUGUCACAGCAGUUGUCGUCUACCUGCUCGUCCUUCCUUCGUCUGGUACAAAAAUGGAGAGAAAAUUGAGACACAAACAUCUUCUUCUUAUUCAGGAUACUUUGGUUAUGCAGACAGUUAUUCCUGUGCUGUAGCAGGACAUGAGGAUUCCCCCUCUCCUCCAGUGUGUGUUCGUGGUCAAUCCUGCAACAAAGUGACGUACGCUCACAGACGCAUCUGUGCCUUCAAAGGCUCAUCAGUGGACAUUUCGUGCACUUACAACAGUUAUGAAAGUAUCAGGUCUACAUUCUGGUUCAGUCCUGGACGUAGUCUCCAGUGGCAGAGUCCCUCACAGGUGGACUCUCAGCAUCGUGUUCAGGUCCUUGAUGAAGGUGGAGGACGCUCCACUCUGAGAAUCAGUGACCUGAGAGAGAGCGACUCAGCUGAGUAUCGCUUCACAUUCACAGCAGGAAGCUUUGAAUGGGGGAGGAGUUUACCUGCUACAACUCUGACUGUCACAGAUGUGCAGGUUCAGGUGAGCAGAAUAUCAGUCAGUCAGUCUUAUACUGAGGCAGAGCUGAAGUGUCACAGCAGCUGCAGUCCAGCAGCUCGUCUUUCCUACGUCUGGUUCAGGAAUGGAACGAAAAUCUCAGGGGUGGAAACGUCUUCUUAUAAAGAUGGCUUUUAUGUGGGAGACGUCGUCUCUUGUGCUCUGAAAGGACAUGAGGAUUACGUCUCUGCCUCAGUGUUGGUACAGGGUCAGGAUGGCUGGGCAGCGACUUACACUCCUACUGAGAUCUGUGCCUUGAAAGGAUCAACAGUGGACAUGAGAUGCACCUACACAUACCCAUCCAGGAUGAAUGGCCUGAAAACCACCGUUGAGAGAACACUGUGGUUUACUAAAAUUCAUGGAAAUUUCCCUACUGAUCUCAUAACAGACCCACAGUAUUCAGGUCGUGUACAGUACAAGCGUUAUGAGAAGAGCUGCACUCUGAGAAUCACAGACCUGAGAGAGAGCGACUCAGCUGAGUACAAGUUCAGGUUCAUAACAAACAAACUUAAUGGGAGAUACACUGGUUCACCUGGAGUUAUUUUGUCUGUCACAGAUCUGCAGGUGCAGGUGAGACCAUCGUCAUUUUCUUCCUGGGCUGACCUGACGUGUCACAGCAGUUGUCGUCUACCUGCUCGUCCUUCCUACGUCUGGUACAAAAAUGGAGAGAAAAUUGAGACACAAACAUCUUCUUCUUAUUCAGGAUACUUUGAUGAUGUAAACAGUUAUUCCUGUGCUGUAGCAGGACAUGAGGAUUCCCCCUCUCCUCCAGUGUGUGUUCGUGGUCAAUCCUGCAACAAAGUGACGUACGCUGACAGACGCAUCUGUGCCUUCAAAGGCUCAUCAGUGGACAUUUCUUGCACUUACAACAGUUAUGAAGCUAUCAGGUCUAAAUGGUGGUCCAGUCCUGGACGUUGUCACCAGUGGCAGAGUCCCUCACAGCUGGACUCUCAGCGUCGUGUUCAGGUCCUUGAUGAAGGUGGAGGACGCUCCACUCUGAGAAUCAGUGACCUGAGAGAGAGCGACUCAGCUGAGUAUCGCUUCACAUUCACAGCAGGAAGCUUUAAAUGGGGGAGGAGUUUACCUGCUACAACUCUGACUGUCACAGAUGUGCAGGUUCAGGUGAGCAGAAUAUCAGUCAGUCAGUCUUAUACUGAGGCAGAGCUGAAGUGUCACAGCAGCUGCAGUCCAGCAGCUCGUCUUUCCUACGUCUGGUUCAGGAAUGGAACGAAAAUCUCAGGGGUGGAAACGUCUUCUUAUAAAGAUGGCUUUUAUGUGGGAGACGUCGUCUCUUGUGCUCUGAAAGGACAUGAGGAUUACGUCUCUGCCUCAGUGUUGGUACAGGGUCAGGAUGGCUGGGCAGCGACUUACACUCCUACUGAGAUCUGUGCCUUAAGAGGAUCAACAGUGGACAUGAGAUGCACCUACACAUACCCAUCCAGUAUGAAUGGCCUGAAAACCACUGUUGAGAAAACAUACUGGUUUGUUAAAAUGAACAGAAAUGAACCUUUGGAUCUGACAACAGACCCACAGUAUUCAGGUCGUGUGGAUGUUCAGUGUGGUGACAACGACUGCACUCUGAGAAUCACAGACCUGAGAGAGAGCGACUCAGCUGAGUACAAGUUCAUGUUCAUAACAAACCAACCUGGUCGUAGAUUUUCUGCUUCACCUGGAGUCACUUUGUCUGUCACAGAUCCAGAUCUGCAGGUGCAGGUGAGACCAUCUUCAUCUUCUACCUGGGCUGAGCUGACGUGUCACAGCAGUUGUCAUCUACCUGCUCGUCCUUCCUUCGUCUGGUACAAAAAUGGAGAGAAAAUUGAGACACAAACAUCUUCUUCUUAUUCAGGAUACUUUGGUUAUGCAGACAGUUAUUCCUGUGCUGUAGCAGGACAUGAGGAUUCCCCCUCUCCUCCAGUGUGUGUUCGUGGUCAAUCCUGCAACAAAGUGACGUACGCUGACAGACGCAUCUGUGCCUUCAAAGGCUCAUCAGUGGACAUUUCUUGCUCUUACAACAGUUAUGAAGCUAUCAGGUCUAAAUGGUGGUCCAGUCCUGGACGUAGUCUCCAGUGGCAGAGUCCCUCACAGCUGGACUCUCAGCAUCGUGUUCAGGUCCUUGAUGAAGGUGGAGGACGCUCCACUCUGAGAAUCAGUGACCUGAGAGAGAGCGACUCAGCUGAGUAUCGCUUCACAUUCACAGCAGGAAGCUUUGAAUGGGGGAGGAGUUUACCUGCUACAACUCUGACUGUCACAGAUCCAGAUCUGCAGGUGCAGGUGAGACCAUCAUUGUUUUAUAUCUGGGCUGAGCUGACGUGUCACAGCAGUUGUCGUCUACCUGCUCGUCCUUCCUACGUCUGGUACAGAAAUGGAGAGAAAAUUCAGAAACAAACAUCUUCUUCUUAUUCAAGAUACUUUGAUGAUGUAAACAGUUAUUCCUGUGCUGUAGCAGGACAUGAGGAUUCCCCCUCUCCUCCAGUGUGUGUUCGUGGUCAAUCCUGCAACAAAGUGACGUACGCUGACAGACGCAUCUGUGCCUUCAAAGGCUCAUCAGUGGACAUUUCUUGCUCUUACAACAGUUAUGAAGCUAUCAGGUCUAAAUUGUGGUUCAGUCCUGGACGUAGUCUCCAGUGGCAGAGUCCCUCACAGCUGGACUCUCAGCGUCGUGUUCAGGUCCUUGAUGAAGGUGGAGGACGCUCCACUCUGAGAAUCAGUGACCUGAGAGAGAGCGACUCAGCUGAGUAUCGCUUCACAUUCACAGCAGGAAGCUUUGAAUGGGGGAGGAGUUUACCUGCUACAACUCUGACUGUCACAGAUGUGCAGGUUCAGGUGAGCAGAAUAUCAGUCAGUCAGUCUUAUACUGAGGCAGAGCUGAAGUGUCACAGCAGCUGCAGUCCAGCAGCUCGUCUUUCCUACGUCUGGUUCAGGAAUGGAACGAAAAUCUCAGGGGUGGAAACGUCUUCUUAUAAAGAUGGCUUUUAUGUGGGAGACGUCGUCUCUUGUGCUCUGAAAGGACAUGAGGAUUACGUCUCUGCCUCAGUGUUGGUACAGGGUCAGGAUGGCUGGGCAGCGACUUACACUCCUACUGAGAUCUGUGCCUUAAGAGGAUCAACAGUGGACAUGAGAUGCACCUACACAUACCCAUCCAGUAUGAAUGGCCCUAAAACCACCGUUAGGAGAACAUUCUGGUUUGCUCGACAGGAUGGAAAUGGACCUGUGGAUCUGACAACAGACCCACAGUAUUCAAGUCGUGUGGAUGUUCAGUGUGGUGACAACGACUGCACUCUGAGAAUCACAGACCUGAGAGAGAGCGACUCAGCUGAGUACAAGUUCAGGUUCAUAACAAACCAACCUGCUGGCUUAUAUUCUGCUUCACCUGGAGUCACUUUGUCUGUCACAGAUCUGCAGGUGCAGGUGAGACCAUCUUCAUAUUCUACCUGGGCUGAGCUGACGUGUCACAGCAGUUGUCGUCUACCUGCUCGUCCUUCCUUCGUCUGGUACAAAAAUGGAGACAAAAUUGAGACACAAACAUCUUCUUCUUAUUCAGUCGACUUUGGUGAUGCAGACAGUUAUUCCUGUGCUGUAGCAGGACAUGAGGAUUCCCCCUCUCCUCCAGUGUGUGUUCGUGGUCAAUCCUGCAACAAAGUGACGUACGCUGACAGACGCAUCUGUGCUGUCAAAGGCUCAUCAGUGGACAUUUCUUGCACUUACAACAGUUACUACAGAUACAUCAGGUCUAAAUUGUGGUUCAGUCCUGGACGUAGUCUCCAGUGGCAGAGUCCCUCACAGGUGGACUCUCAGCGUCGUGUUCAGGUCCUUGAUGAAGGUGGAGGACGCUCCACUCUGAGAAUCAGUGACCUGAGAGAGAGCGACUCAGCUGAGUAUCGCUUCACAUUCACAGCAGGAAGCUUUGAAUGGGGGAGGAGUUUACCUGCUACAACUCUGACUGUCACAGAUCUGCAGGUGCAGGUGAGACCAUCUUCAUAUUCUACCUGGGCUGAGCUGACGUGUCACAGCAGUUGUCGUCUACCUGCUCGUCCUUCCUUCGUCUGGUACAAAAAUGGAGAGAAAAUUCAGAAACAAACAUCUUCUUCUUAUUCAGGAUACUUUGGUGAUGCAGACAGUUAUUCCUGUGCUGUAGCAGGACAUGAGGAUUCCCCCUCUCGUCCAGUGUGUGUUCGUGGUCAAUCCUGCAACAAAGUGACGUACGCUGACAGACGCAUCUGUGCUUUCAAAGGCUCAUCAGUGGACAUUUCUUGCACUUACAACAGUGUCGUUUAUCCUGUUAAAUCUAAAUUGUGGUUCAGUCCUGGACGUAGUCUCCAGUGGCAGAGUCCCUCACAGCUGGACUCUCAGCGUCGUGUUCAGGUCCUUGACGAAGGUGGAGGACGCUCCACUCUGAGAAUCAGUGACCUGAGAGAGAGCGACUCAGCUGAGUACAAGUUCAGGUUCAAAUCAAGCCAACAUCAUGAGAGAUUUACUGGUUCACCUGGAGUCACUUUGUCUGUCACAGAUGUCCAGGUGAAGGUGAGCAGAUCAGGGGUCUCCCAGUCUUCUAACUCAGCAGAGCUGAAGUGUCACAGCAGAUGUCCUCGACCUAAACGUCUUCACUACAUCUGGUACAAGAAUGGACAGAAGAUUGAGGGACAAACAUCUCGUCUUUAUUCAGUGUCCUCUGGUCCUGCAGACAGCUUUUCCUGUGCUGUAGAAGGAUAUGAGGCCUUCCGCUCUCCUCCAGUGUUGGUACAGGGUCAGGAUGGCUGGGCAGUGACUUACACUCCUACUGAGAUCUGUGCCUUAAGAGGAUCAACAGUGGACAUGAGAUGCACCUACACAUACCCAUCCAGUAUGAAUGGCCUGAAACCCACCGUUGAGGAAGCAACCUGGUUUGUUAAAAUGAACAGAAAUGAACCUGUGGAUGUGGAAACAGACCCACAGUAUUCAGGUCGUGUGAUCCUUCAGUGUGGUGACAACAACUGCACUCUGAGAAUCACAGACCUGAGAGAGAGCGACUCAGCUGAGUACAAGUUCAUGUUCAAAUUAAGCCAACAUAAUGAGAGAUUUACUGGUUCACCUGGAGUCACUUUGUCUGUCACAGCACAUUUAGAUGUCCAGGUGAAGGUGAGCAGAUCAGGGGUCUCCCAGUCUUCUAACUCAGCAGAGCUGAAGUGUCACAGCAGAUGUCCUCGACCUGAACGUCUUCACUACAUCUGGUACAAGAAUGGACAGAAGAUUGAGGGACAAACAUCUCGUCUUUAUUCAGUGUCCUCUGGUCCUGCAGACAGCUUUUCCUGUGCUGUAGAAGGAUAUGAGGCCUUCCGCUCUCCUCCAGUGUUGGUACAGGGUCAGGAUGGCUGGGCAGUGACUUACACUCCUACUGAGAUCUGUGCCUUAAGAGGAUCAACAGUGGACAUGAGAUGCACCUACACAUACCCAUCCAGUAUGAAUGGCCUGAAACCCACCAUUGAGGAAGCAACCUGGUUUGUUAAAAUGAGCAGAAAUGAACCUGUGGAUCUGACAACAGACCCACAGUAUUCAGGUCGUGUGGAUGUUCAGUGUGGUGACAACGACUGCACUCUGAGAAUCACAGACCUGAGAGAGAGCGACUCAGCUGAGUACAAGUUCAGGUUCAUAACAAACCAACCUGGUGGCAGAUAUUCUGGUUCACCUGGAGUCACUUUGUCUGUCACAGAUCCAGAUCUGCAGGUGCAGGUGAGACCAUCUUCAUCUUCUACCUGGGCUGAGCUGACGUGUCACAGCAGUUGUCGUCUACCUGCUCGUCCUUCCUUCGUCUGGUACAAAAAUGGAGAGAAAAUUCAGACACAAACAUCUUCUUCUUAUUCAGUAUACUUUGGUGAUGCAGACAGUUAUUCCUGUGCUGUAGCAGGACAUGAGGAUUCCCCCUCUCCUCCAGUGUGUGUUCGUGGUCAAUCCUGCAACAAAGUGACGUACGCUGACAGACGCAUCUGUGCUGUCAAAGGCUCAUCAGUGGACAUUUUUUGCACUUACAACAGUCAUGAAUCUAUCAGGUCUAAAUUGUGGUCCAGUCCUGGACGUAGUCUCCAGUGGCAGAGUCCCUCACAGCUGGACUCUCAGCGUCGUGUUCAGGUCCUUGAUGAAGGUGGAGGACGCUCCACUCUGAGAAUCAGUGACCUGAGAGAGAGCGACUCAGCUGAGUAUCGCUUCACAUUCACAGCAGGAAGCUUUGAAUGGGGGAGGAGUUUACCUGCUACAACUCUGACUGUCACAGAUGUGCAGGUUCAGGUGAGCAGAAUAUCAGUCAGUCAGUCUUAUACUGAGGCAGAGCUGAAGUGUCACAGCAGCUGCAGUCCAGCAGCUCGUCUUUCCUACGUCUGGUUCAGGAAUGGAACGAAAAUCUCAGGGGUGGAAACGUCUUCUUAUAAAGAUGGCUUUUAUGUGGGAGACGUCGUCUCUUGUGCUCUGAAAGGACAUGAGGAUUACGUCUCUGCCUCAGUGUAUGGUCCAAAGCUUCCCUCUGUGUCAGUGAGUCCCUCUGCUGAGAUAGUGGAGGGCAGUUCAGUGACUCUGAGCUGCAGCAGUGAUGCUAACCCAGCAGCUAAUUACACCUGGUACAAAACUAAUGGAAAUGGAGUCAGUUUUAAAUCCCAGCUUGUCUUCAGGUCCGUCCAGUCCUCUGACUCUGGACAGUAUUACUGUACAGCUGAGAACGAGCUGGGGAGGACGACGUCUGAGUCCAUCUCUGUGGAUGUGAAAUCUGGUCCAAAGCUUCCCUCUGUGUCAGUGAGUCCCUCUGCUGAGAUAGUGGAGGGCAGUUCAGUGACUCUGAGCUGCAGCAGUGAUGCUAACCCAGCAGCUAAUUACACCUGGUACAAAGAGGAUGAAGACUCACCAAAAGCAUCAGGACAGAACUUCACCAUCACUGACUUCAGAGCGGAACACAGUGGGAAUUAUUCCUGUGAAGCCCAGAACAUAAGAGGAAGUCAUAGGAACACCUUACAUCUGACUGUUGUGGCAGCAUCAGGUAUGUUAGCAGCUGCUGGAACAAUCCCUGUGGUUCUCCUGGCUGUCAUAUCCCUCUCUGUCUACCUGUGGAUCAGAAAGAAGAGGACGUCCAAUGAAUCUUCUGAGGCUGAAGAGAGACCAGACAACAGGGAACAGGAGGAGCAGGGUGAACUUCAGUACGCCAGCAUCCACUUCUCCAACAACCGGGCAGAUCCUACUCCACUCUACUCCAACCACAGUCCAGCUGGGCUUCCCAGACACAUGGAGCAGCAGGAAGUCAGUGAGUACGCUGCUGUCAGAUUUAACAGUGGCAGUACUGCCCCGAGAACCAGAGGUCAGCAAACUGGACAGGAUCCAGCUGCUUUGUACAGCACAGUCAGCAAAAUCAGAUGAUCUCAACAGGCGUCGCAUUUCUACUCUGAUGUUUCCGUGUUUCUUCAUAAGAGUUACACUUCAGCUGCCUUUUUAAAAACCUUGUGUUAAACUUUAGCUGUCAUUUAAAGCUUGUGCAGCAGCCUUCAAAGUGCAACAAAAGACAGACAAACACAUGACGUUGCUAUGCCAACCACUGGCUGGCUUACAUCACUUCAGUGUUCCUGUUGGUGAGGAGACCCCAAAUUUGUCAGUUCAGGUAAGACUAAAUACACGAACAAAGUGUUCACAGGACAAACCACCUCAGUUACAGGCAUCACAAACAACUGGCAUGUAUUUUAGACAGCUGAUGGUCAGUAGAAGGAAUUCUGUGUGUAAUCUGACAUUUAUUCAGCCUAUGUUGUGCACAAAUGAUGAUCAUCUAGGAUUUCUGAAUUUAUAUUUACUUUUUUUUUUUUUUUAAUUCUUUUCUUUGCACAAAUACCUGCACAAUUCUUAUAGUCCAGGAUAAUGUAAAGCGUUCUAUGUAGCUUUUUAAUGUCAUCUUUCUGAUUUCCUUUAUUUUGUAUUUGUUUCUUUCAACCAGAUCUUUUUUCUGUUUCCUGAUAUUUUAACCUUCUUUUGUUCUACUGUAACAUGUGAACUCAUCCCUCAAUAAAGUCUUAGCUGAUA